AUGUAUCAGCCAGCGUCCAGUGCUCAGGAGUCACGCUUGACCAAGUACAAGCUGAAAGACAGCAUCUACAAGGAGCCUGAUUGGCUGAACUCCGGGAGUGGGGAACAGCUCAAGAAGCGAACGAUCCCCACCACCUUGAUCAAGAGAAGGGGGGAACUUGCAGGGGCAACUAAUGAAGACACAGAUGCCCUGAAUCCGCCAGCUUUACCGUUCCAGUCGGAUGUUCAUCGCAAGCGACUUGCUGGGAAGAUUUCCGAGGACCAGAGUGUUCCAUUGACUGACGAGUUCCAGGACAAUCCUCCUAAGAUCUCUUUGUUUGAUAGUGUCAAAACAGAAGACAGCUCGAGCAACGGGCUGUUGAUCAACAAUCCCGACUUUGGCAAGCUGGAGACUGACCCUAGUCAUUACAAGAACGUUUUCAAUAGAGUGCAGAGAAACAGAGUUCCUACAGAGUCGAAUGAGUCGGGCAGACCAGAUCUGCCGUUCGCAGUGACAAAGACAGAGACAUUCAAGGACAAAGAGAAGGAAGCUGAGCCUGCGCUCCAUGAGACCGCGGUGAUUGUUUACGGGUACUCAGAUUCACAGUUCCCAUCAAUUGUGAGCCAGUUCUUGAAGUACGGCACAAUCCUGGAAGAUUUCAACCAGCCUAGACUCUUCUACAAUACGAAAAACUACCCUGUCUUUAUCGGGCCGCAGUGGGUCAAGUUCACCUACGACAACUCGGCGUCUGCUGUGCGAGCUUUGCGCGAAAAUAACCAGACCACCGCUUCUGGAUCUACAAUUGGAGUCGUUCCUUACACAAGGUCGUCGUUGGAGAAGCUCCUGGGGACGUCCAUUCCGGACGAACAGGAUAUCGGGUGUUCUAUGUCUUUGGUGAAACUUGUGAGCGAUCAAAAACUACCAGACACAGAGCUAUCGAGUCUAUUUGUGGUUGAUGGGGACAGUACAGAGGAGCGACAAGACGGGCGGUUCCGGCUGUUGGACGGCUCGAAACUCAUCAAUGUCCCCAAGCCGGCCAAGAAGGAGUCCGCAAGUGUUUUAGAACGCGGUUUCAACUUUGUGUUUGGAACCGGCCAGGUGUAG